GUUUUUCACAUGCACACGCAUUUGAAGCUACACAGUCGAGGCAGUAAAAAUAGCACUUUUUAAUAUUUAUCAUCGUAUUAUAUUUUAGUGGUUGGGUAUAAACAUAAAUGAAUAAUUAAAUCUUUUUCCCCCUUUAUAUAUGAAGUUUUUAAACAAUUUGAAAAAAAAAGCUGGUCAGCUAAAAGGAGUGAGAUCCCAUUGGAAUUGUUUUCUUAUUUGCUUUACAGGGAAACAACUUUUAAGGGUGAAAGUUUAAAUAACUUUGCAUUCUUUAUUAUUAAACAAGGUUGUAAGUAUUAAGUAUGUAUGUUUGUUUUUAUGAAUCGUUACCAUGGCAGUAUAAAUGAUGAAGUAGUCUGUUUUUAAAAAAUCUUGAAAACACUGCUACAAUUUCUGAAAAAAUGGAGCAACAAGAAAACGAUUCCAUAAAAGCCCUUGAAGCCGAAGCAAAAAGAUUGGAUACCGAACUGGCGUUACAAAAAGCUGGGAUUGAAAAUAAUAGGCUCAAGCUGGAGGUCACAAGGUUUGAAUCAAUCUUGAAAAAACAGAAGGAGGUACUGCAAAACGCCGAGGAUAACAGAAAAGAGGCUGAAUUGGUUUUCUCAACGAUAUUGGGAUUUUAUGAAGACACAGAAAGUAACUUAUCAGAGUCGUCAAAUCCAACUCAAAGUGAGGAACAAGAUGAAGAACCAAGUGAAGAUACUUAAAAAUGUUCCCAAAAGUUCGAGAAUUGUUUUUGAUUUAUAUUAAAAAAAAGAGGUCUAUCACAUCUUUGAAAUCUUCAGUUUGUAAUUUCACAUCUAUGUUUCUUAAAUUUUAAAGUUAAAAUCAAUUAUAAAUUCUUUUUAGAAAA